UUUUUAAUUUUCAUUGGUGAUUUGCCUGAAGUAGUAAUGCCUGGAAACUGUGUGUCAUUAUAUGCUGACGACUGCAAAACAUCCAGGAUUAUUAACUGUCCAGCUGAUCAUUCCGUAUUUCAGUCAGGGCCCAGUUGUUCGAACGCUGGUUAGCGCUAACCCGGGGUUAAAUUUAAACCCAGGUUUCUUUUUCUUUUUAUCAAAAGCACACUGUCGGAUAAUUUUCUCUUUUCUUUUUAGAGUAUCCAGUCAUCAAAUUGUAGGCAAAGAGAAUAAACUGAAUUUGCUUUUUAAGCUCUCAUAUCCGAGUGGGUUACCUUAACCCAGCUUCGAACAACCCGGCCCAGAUCUCGACAAUUUAUAUUCAUGGAGUCAACAAAACCUUAGGCAGUUUGACGUGAAGAAAUGUAAACUAAUGUAA